GACCAGUGUUUGCAUCAGUUAAGUUGGACAGCGUGUGUUGUUGCUGCUGAAAGCCACUCAGACGACCUGAAGUCAGGCAAAAUGGUAAAAGGUGGAAAAAGAUAUUCUUCAAUGGGCAACGACGGAAAAUGGUUUGCUCAUUCAGUUUUGAAAGAAAAUGAGACAAAAACUCGUGAGACGAGUACGAGCACGGGCAUCAUGCUGACUCAGAUUGAAUCAUCUCUGCCUCAGGCUUUAUGCUUUCAACGCUAUCCUAAACGGAAAACUGAGCAGAAAACCAGAGAGUAUCGCUUCUCGGACCAUGACAACAAGUACUCCUUCAAAGACAACAUCUCCGUCUUCUCUCAUGGUGUGGGGCGGAGGAAGUGCCUCGAUGAUCGCAGACAGCAGAACUCCCACUUCUGCUUGUGUCACAGAGGAGCUGACAGCAACGCCGACGACGCCAGACCGAGCCUCUCGGCCUACCAGGCUGAUUUCAAAGCGAAAGCUUCGGUCGAUCUACCAACGGGAGCCAGGAGGUUCACCCACAACCACCGGCAGAAGUCUGCAGAGGCAGCUCUGGCACGGGCGGGGGAGCAGUUUUUCUGGUUCGGACGAGACGACUCUGCUCUCCAGGAGACCCUCGAAGUGUUGGCAGCUGCCAAAUGACCUAAGCCUUCCAAACCAAAACAC